AUGGCGAAGGCCUGUGCCCAGCAGGCCUUGCUGCGGCUCACGGACGUGGAGUUAGUGGACUUGGCCGCCAAACGUGCCCAACUCGCAUCGCGCACGCCAAAAGCGCCCUUGUUGGCCAAGUUGUGGCGAGGUGAGUUGCAGCAAAGAAGUACCUUGACGUUGCACCAGGCCUCCGCCCUUCUCUGCUCCGUCCUCCACCUGCACCGGGAACGGGACGGGGACGGGCUGCGUGGAGACUUAUGGCACCUGAGUCAUCGGGUGGUAGAGGCCCAGGAAAUGUUGCCUGCCCUUGAGCUGCUGAACGCCCAUGCCCUGUGCUAUGGUGCAGAGGUGCCAUCGGAAGUUCGAGAGCUUUGUGGCCACCUCGCCAAGGUGGUGAUCGGAGGCCGCCCCGCGGUAGCACGAUUGGCAGAGGCGCUGCUGGCGCUGGAACGGCUGCAGGUGCCAUUGCCACGGCGAUCGCAGCAGGCCACGGAUCCCGUUGGGAGAUCGUCUGCCGUGCAGCGCCUCUGUUUCGCCUGUGGCGCUGCUCCACGCGGCCUGGCCGCUGCGGUCGCGCGGCUGUGGUGCGCAGGGGCGGAGAUGGAGGAACUCUUUCGAAGGAUGGCCUUGGCACUAAGAGUUCAACUCUUCUGGUGGCGUCAUGGAAAGGCGGAAGAAGAUGCGCGGAGGUUUCGGGAGAGGUCUAUCCGAGAGUUUCUGAACACCCGGGUUGACCAAUGGAAUCGUGCUUUGUGGGAUGUGGGCGUGGUACAAGCGCUCCAGCCACACAUCGAUGACGAGUUAGCGCAGGGCUUGGAGCCGCAGGAGCUGUUAAGGUCGUUGCAGUUGCUGGAGCAUUUGGCCCUGCUGCGAGCUGUGCGUCCGCCCAUGUGGCGAGCGUUCAUGUCGGCGCUGUGGAAGAGCCGUGAGAAGUGGCCACAGGAGGACUGCGUGGAAACGGUGUGGCUGCUGACAAGCAUCCUGAGGCGAACGCCGUUUCAAGCCCUGGUGCCUUUGGACUUAGUGGCCCACGCUACUGCGCAUGCAGGACCGACGAUCUCUCAUGCUGACCCUGUGGAGACUGCUUCCAUGCUGCUUUCCCUCGAACGCCUCAUGGCUCCUCACGCCUUUCGCCAGGUGCUGUGGCAGCACCAGAGUCUGAUUCGCGCGCGGCUGAGUGACGACACCCCUGCUGUGCUCUUGGGUGCGUUAGCGAGAGGUGGCAGGAGCACUUCAGAGAUGCCACCCUGGUGGCGCGAAGAAGUGUUGAGGCCCUGGGGCCGCCACCUGCGACGACUUUGCCGCGCCCUGCGGGACUUCACGGUGCCUUUCGAGCGGCGGCUGCCGCGAGCGCAGUAUGCCCAGGAACUGCUGAGCUUUCAGUUGGCAGAUCUGGGGCUGGUCUGGCAAGCGCCGCUGUUACGGGCCCUGGGGGUGGUCCCAGCCUCAGGAGAGUUCGCGCGCAGCGCGGCCAGGGAGGUCUUGAGGCAACGGCGUCGCACCGACACAUCAAGUCCUUGGGCCUUGCGCGCGCUGGGAGUCUUGUCAUGGGACCUGCGUUGUCGCGGAGAGGGCACCGGAGCGAUGGCAGGGCGCAAGUUGGUCUUCACGGCUGCAAGGAACAUGAAAGCGGAAACAGAUGCAGAUCGGCUCCUGAGCGUUGACCUGGGUUAUGUGGAGCGCCAGGCCUACGGGCGCUUGUACCGCCGCCAUGGGGACGUAGAGCGAGUGGCCCUGCUGGAAGUCCUGCAGAUCUUGGGCGAGAGGUGUGUCCUGAACGCCCAUGGAUCGAGCGCUGGCACCGUGGAGCUCUUUGUGGAUCGAGCGAUUUGUCUCAGCUGCUUGGGAGUGCUGGCACAAUUUCGGGCCAAAGUGCCCGGCGUGAAGCUGCGCGUCUCCUCCUUCGGCGACUUCGCCCGGCCGCCGCCCGUGUGGCGCACGGUGGGGCGACUUCUCCGGGACGAUGCGCUGGACACGUCUUUGGAGGAGCAGAGCGAGAGCCACAAAAACCAGGAGCGUGGCGUGGCAAUCCAGUCAUGGCGUGUCCGAAAAAGGUUGCAAGUGGUGUCCGCGCUGGCCGUUUGUGCCUUCGCCUUGGCUGGACUUUGCGCAGGGAAGAGCACGCACGUCUGUUUCAUGGCGUUCCUCAUCUUCGAGUUCUGCGUGGGAGUUUACUUCCCCUCUAUCGGCACGGUAAAGAGUGAGUUGGUGCCAGAACGCAUUCGAGCCACAAUGUACAACAUGUGUCGCGUGCCAUUGAACGCGGUGGUGGUGGGGCUCUUGCUCACGAACCUCACGGUGAUCCAAUGCUUCAGGCCUGGGUUUGGGAAGAUCAACAUAUUGGAAGUUGAAAGGUAUGGGGAUGAACAAGUAGGGGAAGAGGUAUAG